AUCCCUCAAAGUCUACCACCAAAUACAUCUUGAUCAAGAAAUGGUCACAGAGGGUUUCUGCCUGCCCACCGCCGUUAACGGCGUCUCCGCCAAUCUCAACCUGAUGACCACUCCAUCAUCUCUAGAUAUGUGGAUGAUUCCCUCUCAGUCGGAGAUGAACUCCGGCUGCCGGAAAAGCUCCCCCGGGUCUGAAGUUCUCAGCGGCGCGGAUGAGGUGAUGGACAUGUUGUGGGAGGAUUUCAACGACGAAUUGCACGGGAGUAGUGGGUCAGCGGGAUUCCAUACCGACGACGUUUCCGAACCCCGGUGGUCGCCGGAUUUUUCUCCUCCGCCGGUGAAUGAAAAACUGGCGGCGGCGGCAAUGCGCAAGAGGAGGAAUGGAGCUGGUGGUGGUGGGAUGCUUUCCCCGUUUGUAAUGCUGAAGUUGUUGAAGAAAAUACUUAUGUUUAAAAAAUCUGCAUCAGUAUUCAAGAGGCAUGCGUCCUUGCCCUGAUUCCUGAUUAACUUUUCAUGUACCUAAAAUUUAUAUAUAUAAAUAUUUGCUUUUGUUCUAUGAUUCCAUUUGCCCAUAGCCCAGGAGCCGAGGGCGCCCGAAUUAAAAAAAUUAAAAGUCCACUCUUACGUUUAUAGGAAGAUAUACAUGUGUUUGUUC